GUAUUCAUAGAUGUUUGUGAUUUGUUUUGUAGGAUGGCGGAUGGUGAUGGACCUUGGUAUGACGGAUUAAUCGAUGAGUGGGAUAAGGAGCAUCGUGCUCGUGCCAUUGAGAAUGGACAGGUUGUAGUUGCUAUGCGCAUGAGGGGUCAUUCCGCUGAUGACUUUGAUUACGACCCGCGGUAUGAGCCUUACAUUCGGAGAUUGGGUCUUCUCCCAUUCGUGUUGCAGUUUAAGCGACGCGCUCCGCCGGUGAACCACGCGGCGCUGACCGCACUUGUGGAUCGUUGGAGGCCAGAGACUCACUCGUUCCACCUUCCAUGUGGGGAGCUGACGAUGACCCUACAGGACAUGGCUAUGAUAAGCGGCCUUCCUAUCAACGGACAAGCUGUUACCGGUCGUGUCAGCGUGGGUAAUUGGCGAGAACGGACUGCCGAUUUAAUUGGCGUUCAGCCCGAGGACCCUCAGGAAGGCAAGGCCGAUACCGCGAAAGUGAGGCAUUCUUGGCUAAAACUGGUCAGAGGAAACACCAACCCGUGCCCUCAAGAUGCCAAUGACGUGGUUGUGCAGCAGUACGCGCGGGCCUAUCUUUGGUAUGUACUAACCAAGGUAGUCUUCUCAGAUGCAACUGGGAACUCAGCCCUCUGGAUGUUCUUGGAGCCACUUAAUAACUGGGAUACCCAGUAUAGCUGGGGUUCGGCCGCACUAGCAUACUUGUAUCGUCAGCUUGACUUGGCGUGUCGGAGGAAGGGAGGUACAUCCUCAUUGUCUGGGUUUGUUUGGAGCCUAUCCGUGUGGAUGUGGGAGCGGAUCCCGGUUGGACGGCCCGAUUUGAAGAACCCCCUCAUGCCAAACCCACGAGGUAAUCAUGACGGCUUGCAUGAUGAUGAUCCAUAUCGGCGCCCUACGCUUGCUUACUAUUGGGAACAAGUGACUGUCUACACAGGAAGCUCGCAUGUGCGAUACAAGUGCUAUAUGAACGAGCUGGACACCUUGACUGCUGAGCAGGUACAUUGGUUGCCUUAUGUGGAAGAUCGUGACUUUGAUCUUAAUGAGAUGUGCACGCGUGAUAGCCAUCUUUGGCGGGCGAGGUGCCCAAUGAUAUGCUUCUUCGCAGUCGAGUGGCACUUUGUAGACCGUGUGGCAAGACAAUUUGGAAAAAGACAAGGUAUUCCAAUUGAGGAGAGCAAGGAGGAAAUGCUAUCUCUGCAUCGGUUCGAUCGAAGGAACAAUCAGGAUAUAUCGGAUUGGGCAAACAAACACCGUGCGUGGAUAGAAAUUUGGAAUCAAAGAGACACGUUAGUGCAAUCAGAGAAUAGACCUCACAAUCAGUCAGCAUAUCAGAAGUAUCAAGUGUGGUAUGCGGAUCGUUACCGGUUAAAGCUGAAGCCAGGUUGGACUCACGAGGAGUGGUCGGAGUUGGUGUCUGAAGACCCGGAGACUGCAGAAGGUUAUCAUACCUUCAACACGGCUGUGAGAGACACCAGAGGGGCUCAUGUUGACUACGCACCGAUGCAUGACGAAAUGGGCAGAGAGUUGCUUCUGUGCGUCAACGAUGCCAAUGUUGCACUGAGUCAUCCACCUGGUGGUGCAUUAUCUGAGAGGACUCUUAGGAGCACGAUGGAGAAGUUCAAGAAGCGGUUCCAUAAGAUGGCAGCUAUGCUUUCUUGCCAUGGUGCUCAGUCCAGUGACGUGUAUGCACCAGGUAGCCGCGCCGCCAGAGCUAAUAAACGGCGUUAUGUCCAGAACGAAGAGGACAUAGAGGAGGAGGUCAAUGAAGAGGAGCCAGCACAUCAAGAGGAGCCAACACAUCAUGAUGAGCAUGAGUAUGAUGCAACACAUCAAGAGGAUCAUGAGUAUGAUGUUGAUGCUCCACAACCAUCACAGGUUACACAACCCACACAAGGCAAUGCCCGCUCUAAAAAAGGCAAAGCAAUAGCUAAGACACCGGGCCAGAAAGGUAGAAAGAAGAUAUGGAACACUCAAUUCCAUAGUCCGGAGUAUCCUCAUCAAUUUAUGCCUGCGGGAAUGCAAAGAUAUAAGUCGAACAUUGAUGCAGAGGCGGAGGAGGCUAGCGAAGAGGAGGAGCAUGAGGCUAGCGAAGAGGAGGAGCAUGAGGCUAGCGAAGAGGAGGAGCAUACACUUGCAGAUAUCGUGAAGAGAGGAAGGAAGAAAUGA